AAAGGCAAACUUAAAAAAAAGAGAGACUAUGAUUCGGACACACACUAAAUGAACUGAGAGAGAGAGAGAGAGAAAGAGACACAGAGAGAGAGAGAGAGAGGACGCAGAAAAUGGAUGAUGAUGGUGGUGGAUAGAGAGGAGAAGCGAAGUGAAGGAAUGGGAGAAAGAUGAAAGGAAAAUGUAGAUAAAAGAAAGAAAAAUGGAUGUAUUAAAAACAGAAAAGAAAUCUACCCAAAACAAGUGAGAAUGUUUAAAGAAGGAACGAUUUAAACAAACACCGUAAAGAACAAACACUACAAACAAGACCACCGGUGCAAACAAACGUAAACAAACACCAGAAAACAAAGAAAAACAAGAAAAAUAAGCCAGUUUUUCACAUCCAUCAAAUUCUGGAACGUGGUAAUUUUAAUGCAACGAUAGAUACCAAGCCACCGACCCAACCCAUGCCUCCUCCACCACCACCACCACCACCCCCCACCCACGCCCCCUAGACUGCCCCCCUACUCCCCCCACCCUCCCCCCAUGGCCCUUCACGCCCUCUCCGGCCUACGCGACACCAUGGCCCAGGCUGUGGGCGGGUGUGUGCGUGGCAGCGAGGACAAGGGAGGGGGAGGGCCGCCCCCCGACGCCCCCCCCAACCCCCCCUCCUGGGCUGGGGUGAAGGAGGGGCUGCAACACCUCCCCUGGCCGGCCUGGGGGACUAUCAAGGAGUCGCUGCGGCCGGACUGGGAGUGGACCCAAAACCCCCCGUGGAAGGACCUCCGUCGGCCUGACCUCAAGACCCCGUCCCUUGAGGAAAUAAGGUCAAGCUUUAGUGACCUGAGCGUGAGUCUGCAUGAGCGGGUGAGCUCGUGGGGUGAGCGGGUGACCUCUUCCGUGGAGUGGCCGCGGGAGGCGAGGUCAAGGUCACACUCAAGGUCACGGAUCAUGAAGAGAGGCGCCAAGAUGAGGAGAGGCGACUGGUACUCCUCCUGCUUCUGCUUUAAGGGCUCGGAACCCCCGCAGAUCGAGCAUGUGGUGUCCGAGCAGCCCCAGAUGGUGCAAGUGGCGCCGCCCCCCAACAUGACGGAUGACCUCCAGCCCGAGGAGCUCCAAACCAAGGUCACCGAGCUCCUGGACGAACUGGACCUUACCACAGUACAGAAGAAUGGGAUCCUCAACUUCCCUCCGGAGAAACAACUUCAACUUCUCUACGACUACCACACGCUCAAGUCUUCCAAUAAGGUGGAGAGAGUGGAAUCCUACAUCGCCAAGCUAGAGGAAUAUGCCCAGCUGAAGGCGCCCACGGACCAGUACCAGGAACACACGUGGGUCAAGUACACGGAGGGCCUCAAGACAGCCCUGGGCACGCAGAGCAACACCUUCGUCAAUGAGUUCAUGGAGGCGGGCGGGUUGGCGGCGCUGCUCAACCUGCUCACGGAGAUGGACGAUUCGACUUUCCAGACCUCGAUCCACAUGAAUGUUAUCGCGUGUGUCAAGGCGCUUAUGAACAAUUCGAACGGCCGCAAGCACAUCUUAGCCCAUCCAACAUGCAUGAACAUCAUCUCGCAAAGCCUCGCCACCCACCACCUCAAGACCAAGACCCUGCUGCUGGAGAUCCUGGGCGGCGUGUGUCUCCUGCCGGGGGGUCACAAGAAGGUGCUGGAGGCGAUGCUGCACUUCCAGAAACACGCGGGGGAGCGGACGAGGUUCCAGACCCUGAUAGUGGACUUGGAUCGGUCUUUCGGCAACUUCGUGGACGAGUUGGCCCUCAAGAUCGCUGCCAUGUCCUUCAUCAACGCCAUCAUCCGCUGGGGCCCCGGGGAAGACUCGCUCGAAUUCCGUCUGCACCUCCGCUACGAGUUCUUGAUGCUUGGAGUCCAGCCCGUCAUCGAGAAGCUGCGAGCGCUGCAGAACGAGAUCCUAGACACACACUUGGAUGCCUUCGAGUUUUACCGCGCCGAGGAUGAGCGUGAGUGGGCGCGGCGGUACGAGGAGGUACAUGUGGACACGAAGAGCGCCUCCUCCAUGUUCAAACUCCUGCAGGGGAAACUUCAGUACUCGGCCGCCUACCCUCACUUCCUCUCCCUCCUGCACCACCUUCUGCUUAUGUCAAAUGACAUGAGCGCGCCCGACCACUGGAUUCUGUUUGACCGAGUGUUGCAGCAACUGGUGACGCAAGAUGAGGACGGACGGGACAGGGAGGUGGCGCUGCUCGAUAUAAACGUCAACAGUAUCGUCAAGCUUAUUGCCAACGAGAGAGAAUUGACGGAGAGCAGAAGAAAGAUCGCCAAGUUGGAAGCAGAUUUCGCGGACGUGGUAACAGACCUCAACAAGAAGGAGCAGGAGCUGUUUACCGCUACACAGGAGAAGGAGGAGGUGAGCCAGACGCUUCAACAGGUUCGCGGGCAGCUCGAAGCGGAGGUGCGAGCGUGCGGCGAAGCUCAGCGACGGGCGGCAGAGCAGGAGGCGGCGGCGGCAUCACUCACGCAGCAACUUAGGGACCUCGCGGCGGGCUCCCUCUCCGAUGACGUCAAGGCUUCUAUUGCGAAGACCAAGGAUGCCUCGGGGCCCCCCAAAGGCGCCCCCUGCCCCCCACCACCCCCACCCCCCAUGAUGAACGGUGCACCCCCUCCCCCUCCUCCAAUGAUGAACGGUAUCGCCCCCCCUCCUCCACCCCCCAUGAGAGGUGGCCCCCCUCCCCCGCCCCUCACCAACGGGGGUCCGCCUCCCCCUCCCAUUGGCGGAGGGAGAAACAAGCCGGCUAAACAGGUGCCAAAAUCCGCCAACCAGCUCCGUGCGUUCAACUGGGCCAAGAUGCCGGACUCCCGCAUCACCAACACCAUCUUCGCCAGCCUGGACGAGUCGCCGCUCUACAAGUUCAUGGACCUCGAGGACAUUGACCGCACCUUCGACGCCUCGGCCGGGAAGAGAGCCAACGGAGAGGGAGAGAAGACGCUGGAGAGGAUGAAGUCACAGCGGAGUCAGCAGAUCAGCGUCUUAGAGAAUAGGCGUCAACAGAACUGUACCAUCCUGCUGUCGAAAUUGAAGAUGACCAAUGACGAGCUAAUCAGAGUCCUGUUGAAGAUGGACAGUGAUGGGGAGUUGGCGCCGGACAUGGUGGAACAAUUGCUUAAGUUUACCCCGACGGCAGAGGAGAAGGUGAUGUUGGAGGAGCACCUGGACGAGAUUGAACACCUGGCGAGAGCUGACCGGUUCCUCUAUGAGAUAUCCAAAAUCGACCACUACGAGGAGCGCCUUCGCUGUCUCCACUACCAGAAGAAGUUCCGAGAGAGACUGGGAGAGUGCGACCCCAAGAUGCAGGCCGUACUGAGCGCCACCAAGGAACUCAAGGGAAGCAAGCGACUCAAGAAAUUCAUCGAGGUUAUUCUAGCCUUCGGAAACUACAUGAAUAAGGGGGCGCGAGGGGGUGCGUACGGCUUCAGAAUGUCGUCACUGAACAAGCUGACGGACACGAAAUCGGCACACAACCGUAACAUAACGCUGCUCCACUACAUUCUGAGAGUGUGCGAGAAACAAUGGCGGGACAACCUGAGGCUCGACGAGGACUUCCCGAACCUGAAGGAGGCGGCGAAGGUCAACAUCACCGAGCUUGAGCGGGAGAUGAGUGGGCUGAGUCAGGGCCUGGAGUUCAUCGAGAGGGAGGUCACGUGGCACCGAGGUCAAGGGUCACCCCCGCCCGGCGACCGCUUCAGACUCGCCAUGAACGAAUUCUCAGCGCUCGCCAAAGACAAGUUCGCCAACCUGGAGAGUCUGUUUACCUUGAUGAAGAGAGAGUUUGAAGGGGUGACGGCGCUCUUCGGUGAGGACCCCAAGACCACACAGCCCGAGGACUUCUUUGGGACGUUCGACUCCUUCAUCGACACCUUCCGGGAGGCGAAGAGGGACCUAGAGAACAUGAGGAAGAAGGAGGAGGAGGAGGAACGCAAGAAGAAGGAAAUGGAGCGUCGUGAGGUUGAGAGGGAGAGACGUGCCCGAGAGAGGUCAACUCGGGCCGGGGCGGGGGCAGGGCAGGGCGGGGCAGGAGGAUCGGGCGGCCUUCACCAGGGGGCGGCAGGCGACAGCAGCUCGGGCGGGGAGAACGAGAACGAGAACGACUUCGAUGACCUGAUCUCGGCGCUGCGUUCCGGCGACGUGUUCGGGAAGGAUAUUGACAAGAUGAGGCGUAAGAAGAAGCACUCUUUCGCCGCUGGGUCGAGGGAGAGAGAGCGAGAGCGUGUGACGGGAUCGCAUAAGUACGCCUAAUCCACUACAACUACUACUACUACUACUACUACUACUGCUACUGCUACUACCAUGCACUCCUUCACCGCUGGGUCCAGAGAGAAAGAGAGAGAGUGUGUGUCUGUCUCGCACAAGUCACUGCAUAGUCAACUCUCACUGUGACAUCCUGCUUUUGCGUCUACUACCACUACUGCUGUCACUGCCUGGUCCUGCCUCUCUACAGCACACUACUGCCACCAACAACACCUACAACAGCUGCUACAACUACAACAACCCACCUGCUUCUCAUACAGCCACACAGCCGCGGAGAAAGUCAUGUUAGGGGCGACCGAUAUAUUUUUGUCAUCCCCGAACCUGAGUUUAUGGAUAGGAAGGUGAAGUUUGAACGUGACCUGACCUUUCUUCUUGGUCUUGGAUGAGCGGUGAGGUCAUGGGAAGGGAGGUAAGCUUAAGUUUGAAAUAUGGGGUUAAGCUUAUCUUCUGGUCUUGCCCGAGAGCUUGAAAUAAAUGGUAGAAAGAAAGCUUGAAUUCAAAACAUAAUGUAAGCUUUUCUUUGAGCCUUAAUUGAAAGCUUAGAUCAUAGAGAGGGAAAAAGCUGAAGUCUGACCUAAAUUCCUUUAAGCUUUGACAGAGAGCUAAAAUUAAGACUAAAAAGAAAGCUUGACAAUGAUUUAAACGCGACCAAACCCAAACCUUACAUGACAUUUCUCCGCCAUGUGUUUGUGCGUGUGUGUGUGUGUGUGUGUUUCUUUUACGUACAAUCGUCUCUCUCUCCCCCAUUAUCAUUUCUCAUCCUCUCCGUCGCUCCGUACGAAGAAGACAAGAAAAGGGAGGAAGAGAGGCUGUAUAUUGUUGUUGUUUUUUUUCUUCUCGUUUCGUCCCGUCUCGAAGCUUGUGUGUGUGUUCGUAUGUUCGCUUCUCUCCCUCUGUUGUGACCUUAAUGUGACCUCUGACCUUGACCUUGCUGAGAGAAGAGGGAAUGAGAGAGAGAGAGAGAGAAGGAGAGGUGAACUAUCCCGAUUCUCUCUCUCUCUCUCCCUUUUCUCCCUUUCUGAGAGUGGAGGAAAGAAAGGAGAGGAGAGAAAGAGAGAGCGAGAGAGAGAAAAAGAGAGUGAAAGAGAGGUAAUUCAUCCCUAUUUUCUCUCCCUUCCUCCCUUCUCUCCCUCCCACUUUUCCCUUCCUUCUUACCUCCCUUCCCAUCACAAGCCUUUCUCGUAUCCUCUCAGCCGUGUAACGUACAUAUAUACGUACAUACAUGUGUGUUUGUUAGGUAUACAUGAAGCAAUCACAUAAGUAGGCAGGUCGAUCAAUGUGUGCGUUUUGUAGACACACACACACACACACACACACACACACACACAAAUGCAUAAGAUAUUUUUUGUGCUUAAGAAAUUCACAACUUGCCUAUAUCUUUGUUUUUUUUACUUUGAUUAACCACUAUUACACACACACACACACACAUACACACACACACACACAUAACCCUUCAAGCAUUUAUGAACUUGUCUUGGUGCUGGAGUUUAUUGUUAUCAUUAUCAUUAUCAUCAUUAUUCAUUCUAGCAUUUAUACAUUUUUCAAUUUAUUUCAGCUGUAUUUGCAUUUAUUUAGUCUUUCUCAUUAUUACUUUUCUAUUUUGGUUCAUUUGUAUCUGAACUUUAACCCGGUAGCCACAAAUUUGGCCCGUCACUGGUACACGGUAAAGCCACAAAUUUGGCCCGUCACUGGUACACGGUAAAGCCACAAAUUUGGCCCGUCACUGGUACACGGUGAAGCCACAAAUUUGGCCCAUCGCUGCUACCGGGUUAAAUGAAUGUGGAGUUGGUCAGUGAUGUGGAAGGUGGAGUAAAAAAGGAGUGGAGGGAAGAGAUGAAGUGGAGAAAUAUGACAGGAAAAGAAAUGAAAAUAAAGAAAAAUAUAACAUGAGAAACUAAAACACACACACACACACACACACACACGCACACAAUCUAUAGUGCUCGCUGUUGCCGGUCACUUUAGAAUCUUAAGAAGCAUACUAAUUUUAGAAUCCCCGACCUUGACAAUAUAUUUUUCAUUUUUAUAUUCAGAGAGAGAGAGAGAGAGAGAGAGAGAGAGAGAGGUUCGACUGUUUGUGUUUUUUUACGUAUUAGAAUAAAAAAAGAAUCGAAGGAAAAUAUUUAAAUUCCUCAUCAUAUUAAAUACAAUAAGAUUUUAAUUACCAAAAAAAAAAUGGAUUUAUAUUGUUGAAAUAAAAUAUAGAGCGUAGCGAUUGAGAAAUAGAGAGAGGGAGCGAGAGAGAAAGUGAGCGAGCGAGCGAGCAAGAGAGAGAGAGAGAGUUAGCAUAAGUUUAGAGAAGUGAUGAAAGUAAGCGUUGUCAAGAAAGAGAGAGAGAGAGAGAGAGAAAGUGAGUGAGCGAGCGAGAAAGAAAGAGAAAGAAAAAAAAUAAGUUAGCGUAAGUUUAGAGAAGAGACUAAGUGUCGUCUCUGCUCACUUUAACAAACAAACAAACAAACGAAAAAUCACGAACCCUUACAAUACGUCUUAUAAGCAUCACAUAAGUAAGUUUUAAGUUUUACCGAGUAAGAACGAAACAAAAAAAAAUAAGCGUAUGAAUGUAUGUAUGUAUAAUUAUCGCUUAUUAUCAUUAUCCUCUAAGUCCUCCUUCUUUACCAUACGUGCAUACAUACUUAUAUACAAACCACACAUAGAUAUAUAUAAAAAUAGCCACUUAAGUUUGCUAAUGUUAUGUAUAUUGUUGUUUGUAUUACCCUUGCGCUCCUUACCCUGCUGGAAGUACCGCUAACCGCCCUCCAUAUGUCUGUAAAAAGCUCCUGUAUACCUUGAUUUUUAGCCCACCCCACACCUGUAACCCCACACCUGUAACCCCAAACCUGCAACCCCACACACCCACCGCAACCGUAUUUUAUCAUUUGUAUUACCCUCGCAAUCCUAACCUCUCGAAACCUCCGCUAACCGCCCUCCGUAUGUCUGUAAAAAGCUCCUGUAUAUCUUGAUUUUUACCCCACCCCACACCUGUAACCCCACACCUGUAACUCCACACCUGUAACCCCACACACCCACCGCGACCAUGUCUUAUCAUUUACAUUGCCCUCGUGACCUUAAACUUGCCGGAACUACCCCUAACCGCCCCCUAUGUCUGUAAACAGCUCCUGUAUAACUUGAUUUUUAGCCCACCCCACACCUGUAACCCCACACCUGCAACCCCACACACCCACCGCGACCAUAUAUUAUCAUUUGUGUUACCCUUGCGACCCCUAACGUCUCAAAACCUCCGCUAAUCGCCCCUGCAUGUCUGUAAAAAGCUCCUAUAUAACUUGAUUUUUAGCCCACCCCACACCUGUAAUUCCACGCCUGCCACGACCAUAUCUUAUCAUUUAUAUUACCCUUGUGACCCUAAACUUGGUGAAACUACCCCUAUAUCUGUAAAAAGCUCCUGUAUACCUUGAUUUUUAGCCCACCCCACACCUGUAACCCCAAACCUGCAACCCCACACACCCACCGCAACCGUAUUUUAUCAUUUGUAUUACCCUCGCAAUCCUAACCUCUCGAAACCUCCGCUAACCGCCCUCCGUAUGUCUGUAAAAAGCUCCUGUAUAACUUGAUUUUUAGCCCACUCCACACCUGUAAUCCCACACCCGCCUAUGUCCACAUCCCCGCCGCGACCAAGUACAGUAUUUGUGAUUUCUGUGAUAUUUUUUAUAGGUUUAUAUCUGUGUAUCAGUGUGUCUUUGUAGGCCCACGUUCUCAGAUGCUUUCGACUCCUGCGACAUUAUUUAGAAAGGCUAUGACAAGUUGAUGAGUUGAGUUCUUGUGAGUGUGUUUUUCAUGGGUUCAGCGGAGGCCCUGUCAAGCUAUCUCUAGGCUCGUAACACUACCCAUGGACAUACUAACACAACAACCUCUAUGAAAGCCUUGUCAAACUAUCACCAGGCUCGUAACACUCCCCAUGGACAUACUAACACAACAACCUCCACCAAAGCCUUGUCAAACUAUCACCAGGCUCGUAACACUACCCAUGGACAUACUAACACAACAACCUCCACCAAAGCCUUGUCAAACUAUCACCAGGC